AUGUUGCCACACUCCAAAGAGUCUGGACAUUCUGCAAAAGUUAUUUACAAGCAUACUCAAGAUGCAUAUGCAGACAAAUGGCCGGCUGAGAAAAGUUGGCGUGUGGACGACAACGAGGGGAAAUACAAAUAUCUCCGCCACAUCAAGAAGCUGUCUCGAGCGUGGCCGCACCUACGAUAUUUGGCGCAAUGGAUGGAAGUCACUACAUCACCAGUCAAGUGGGAGCAAAUGCUGCAAUUAGGUGAUGAUAGGGACAACUACCGGGCAGAGCGCGCAGCUCGGACUAAUGUAGCUGUUGUCGACUUCGCCAAAGAUUCGGUAGAGGUUGUGGAAAGGAUCGACCAAGGUGACAAUCUUCUCAAGACACUGAAAACACCCCAGCCUGAAGGCGUCAACCGGCUGUACAUUGUAGAGGAUUUAUCUCGAGACAUGAUAGAGUAUUUCGGCAGAGAGCUGGACAUCGACCCCUUAUUCUUCAGAGAACACAUCAACGAUUACUUGUGGUACAACACACGAGACCCUUGGGUAGAGCUUCCCGACCUGGAUAUCGUGGCAAGGGAGCGCAAUUUCUUCCGCCUAUCUUACGUUCAGCCACGGUACUUCUCAGACAUUCGCAGUUUUCAGGAUGCCCGAGAAGAAGCAGGGCGUUUCAAUGUCCUUCGAAGAUUGGAUGAUGAUGGUGACCACAAAGCUCUGUUCGACUCAGAGGAUGCCAUCGUGGCACUUUUGAGGAGCAAAGCAUCAUUGUGGAUCAAGCCGCAAGCUGAAGGCAAUGACAAAGGUUCUACUGGCGUUCUUCUGAUCGACCCUUCUAUCACACGAGGUCAUGCAUUGUGGGGAGGAUAUCGUCCAUUUUGGAAUUCUCCAACGUACAGUCAAGGUCAAGAGGAGUAUGAGUGGCAGCCAAAGUCAUCUGUUUUGAAAGACCUGCUCUUCUGGAUCACGCAAAUGACAAAGGAGGACAUCGAGAGUAUAUCCACUAACCCCAAGGCAAUGAUGUUCCGAAUGGCUCAGAUUAUUUGCUCCGACUGGAACAUACUAGUACGAUACAUCACGGCCCGUCUUGGACAGAUAGAGUGGGAGCUUGAACGGCCCGACUUCCGUCUAAACUCCAAAGGCAAAAACCAAUAUGAUGGUUCUCUUGCUGCCUCUCUCCACAAGCUGCACACCUGGCGUCGCCGUCUUCCCCUUUACAAGGCUAUGGUCAAGGAAACGGAGGAGAAGCUAUUUGGCGAGCUCCUCGCGCCAAGAGACACGAAUCCCAACGAUUGCCUCUUGAAGAUGAAAAAGGACUUUGAGAUCGUAACAGCUGGGCUCGUUGAGCUCUGGGACCGUACGGAGCGUAUCGCUACGGUUGCCACAGCCGUGACGUCGAUCGAGGAAAGUCGACGGGCUAUGGACCAAAACAGAGCCCUCGGCCGUCUGACGUACUUGGCGGUGAUUUUUGCGCCGCUCAGUUUCAUUAGCAGUUUCUUCAGCAUGGCACCCGAGUUGGGUGAACUCACAAGGACAAUCUGGAUUUACUUUGUGGUCGCCAUUCCGGUCAGCUUGAUCGCUUUCCUCCUAGUGGAGCCCUCCGUUUUGAAGUUCCUGAAGAGUUUUUUGCCAAAGCAUUCCGAAAAGAAAAAGAACUGA